UGUGAUUGGCGGUGACGACAAAACCAAACACCAAUGACCAAUCGUUCAAUUAUUUAUCCAUUUUAUUAUUCCAUUUGCUCGCUUUUAAAAACUGAAAAUUGAAAUCCGGUAUGAUCACCACCACCACUACCUGCAUAAAUCCCAACCACCCCAAUAAUUUCCACAGUAGCUCUCAUAUUCCGAACCUCCGAUUUUCUUCUUCCUCGUACCGCGUUGGAGGAGCUCCACGUUCACUGCGUUGCUCGGCUUCACAAUCAGUCAUGGAUAAUGGUGGAGGUCUGAGUUUGUUCCCAUUGCAUCGCACCAAGACCAUUCACCUGGUGAGGCACGCCCAAGGAAUCCACAAUGUAGAAGGAGAUAAGAACUACAAUGCUUACAUGUCACCGGAAUAUUUUGAUGCACGCCUUACUGAGCUGGGCUGGCAACAGGUUGACAAUUUGCGUAAACAUGUGCAUUCAACUGGGCUUAUCAAUAAAAUCGAUGUCGUCAUCACAUCUCCAUUGACAAGGCUGCUGGGUAUUGUAAUAUGGUUCUUGCAUGGGCUAGUGCAUGGAUUGUCCUUUCCCAUGACCAUUCAAACAGCUGUUGGGGUAUUUGGUGGCGAAGGGUAUACAGAUAAGACUGAUAUAUUACCAUUAAUGAUAGCAAAUGCUGGAAACAGCGGCCGUGCUGCAAUCUCAAGUCUAAAUUCCCCACCAAUUCUUGCAGUUGAACAGUGUCGAGAACAUUUGGUUAUACAGGAAGCAAGUGUGAGAUCAGAUGCUGGCCCAAGCAUAUCUUGGGGAGUUCAUCCUUGUGAUAAGAGGAGAAGCAUUGGGGAAUAUCAAUGCCUUUUUCCGGCAGUUGAUUUUUCACUGAUAGAGAGUGAUGAUGACAGUGCAUGGAAGGCUGAUGUCAGAGAGACCAAGGAGGAGGUUGCAACUCGAGGAAAGAACUUCUUCAACUGGUUACUUACAAGGAAAGAGAAGGAGAUUGCAAUAGUUACACACAGUGGGUUCUUGUUUCAUACACUUGCUACAUUGGGCAACGAUUGCCAUCCUCUUGUGAAGAAAGAAAUUUCUAGCCACUUUGCCAAUUGUGAGCUUCGCUCGAUGGUCAUCGUGGACAGAAGCAAUGUUGGCUCGGAGUUUUCAUCAACUAAUUAUCCUGGAAAGAUCCCGUCUGGACUCGAUGCGCCUAGUGAUGCUGCUGGUGAUCAAAAUCAAGAGAAAAACACACCCAACUCAUUGCCCAAGUAAAAACAGUAGUCGGCAGUGGCAGGUGAGUCGAAAAAAUGAGUAAAUAAGCUAUUGAUGUGUAAAACCGUAAAGGAGCUAUCUCUGAAGCUCUCAGCCGUACCUAGUUUUAAUAUAUGCCUACAUUUUACCUAGAUUGGUUUGGUAAAAAUUCAAAAGUUUUAGAUGCCAGGACUGUUGAGAGCAUUUAAUUACUAGGUUGUUAGGAGUUGUUUUUCUGUGAAGUCGUGCGUUGAAAUUGUCGUGUUUAAUUUUCCAUGCAUGGGCUUGGAUUUGUCUCUUCAGAGAUACCCACCAUUAGGGGUGUAAUUGACCCGAGCCAAACUUGAGCCCACAGGGCUCGAGUCACGAGUCAAAAGUUUGAGUUCUACUUGCUUAUCAAUAUUAAUGAUGUCAAGUUUAAGUCUUAAUUAGCAGAAUUAUAAAAAAAUUGUACAAAAAAUCUUAUUUUUGAGCUUUAACGAGUCAGACAGAGUUAAUUGAACAAGCCAUCAAAGUGCUCGAGCUCAGUUUAUUUGUCAAAUAAGUUGGAUCGAGUUCACAAGUGGCUUGUUCUAUUCAACAGGUCUACCCAUCAAUAAAUUGUCAAGCUUAGCUCAGCUCUUGAUACUCAAGUUUAGCUUCAAGCUUUUUAUCGAGUCAAAUUGAACUCAUUUCGUUAACUAAUUGAGUCAAUUAACGAGCUUGAGCUUAACGAUUUGAGUUAANNNCUAUUGUAUAGUUAU